CUGAAACCGCCAUCUUUAAAAUUUUCACACAAAGGCGUAAAGGCAGUCAAAAUUUGGAAGGUUGUAUUGUUUUGUAUGUCUACUAGUUGAGGAAGAGUGCUUGAUGUUUAUCUCAGCAACACGAUGGAAAAUGAUGAUUCCGUUGCAAUGGAAUCUUCAGCGCAAGCGUUGGUCAGUUUGAGAGGAAAUCAACCUUCGCUACGAAACUCACAUGGAAACGAUGAAACACAAACAGACGAUGUCUUGCUCUUGUCUGACAACGGAAUGGCCCAAACAUCUUUCGGUUCACCCCGACGGAAAGCUAGAAAACCGAUAAAAUUACAAAAUACAACCGUAAAAGGUUCUCCAACUAAAAAAACGGCGAUGAGUUUGAUGUCUAAAUUACGGAAUUUGUUGAAGUUACCAAAAGCUUUCAAAUGGUGCUAUUUCGAAUGGUUUUAUUCCAGCCUUGAUAAAUCACUUUUUCUCAGCGAUAAUGAUUUUUGUGUUUGUCUUAAAGAGCAUUUCCCAAGCUUAAAUGCCAAAAAUCUUCGUAGAGUUGAGUGGAGAGAAUUGAGAAGAUUAAUGGGUAAGCCCAGAAGAUGUUCACAAUCCUUUUUCAGCGAAGAACGAAGUGCUUUAGAAGAGAAAAGGCAGAAAAUUCGACUUCUGCAACAGAGGAAAGUUACAGAGUUGGCAAAGUUUAAAGAUCUUCCGAAAGAAAUCCCUGUACCACUUGUGAUUGGUACUAAAGUUUCAGCUCGGUUACAUAAACCACAGAGUGGUAUAUUUACUGGGCAAAUUGAUGCAGUUGACAGUACAGCAUCUACAUACAGGGUACGGUUUGAUAUUCCAGAGCUUGGAACUCAUUCUGUUAUGGAUAUCGAUGUUCAAAGUAAUGAAUCCGAAGAGACAAUGCCUAUUUCUGCAUUUGCAUUGAAAGAGCGCCCAAAGCUUGCCAAUGUUCCCACAUUUAAUUCGGUUCGGCGAAAGCUGUCUGCCGUUGGGGAUCCUUUGCUGAGCAAUUCACCCACACGAGUGCAGCUCCAAGAAGUCCUUGACAAGGGAGAUCACACUGUCGGUGGGUUUCCUAUUAAGUUUCUUGCUCUUGUGACUAGAUUGUCGAAAGUAUUAACUUUGAAAAGAGAAUAUGUUGACAAACUGAAACAUUUGAAUAGUGAAGCUGAGAAGCUCAAGUCGUACCAAUUACCGAUUGAACGAGAUUUUCAGAGGAAAUAUGCCGAGGUAGUCCUUGAACUGGAGAGACUUAACACAGAUUUGAACAAUUACUUGAAGGACGUUGAAGAGUAUUGUGUAAACAUGAAUUCCAUCCAAGGAUCUGAUAGUUUGGAUCAAUCAGAUGGAUUGCAGAAGUCGUGUGAGAAACAUGCUAAGUCAAUGGUUGAGCAUUUAUCUGGUGAUGUUGAUCAUGAUGUAGAAAAUGGUUCUACUCUUCAAUUGAUUGCCAGUCUUACAGCUUUGUUGCUUCAAGUGAAGAUGCUUGCAGAGAGUGACUUAAAUUCAUUUGAAUUUAAGAGUUUGGUCGACAGUGUGCAAGAGUUAAAGAAGACGGUAGAUUCAACUAAUGUAAGUUCUUUCCAAAACAAUGUAGAAAUUCAUAUUGCACAUAUUCAAUCAGGGCUUAGUCAAAUGGGUAACCUUCAAGCAUUUUCAACUAACCCAUCCUAGGAUAGACUGACAUUAAAACAAAUUUAUUAGUAGUUUUUAGUGAAGCCAGUGAGCAAAUAUAGCUAGUAUAUAGUAUGUUGUGUGCACAGAUUUGUAGACAGCUUCUGUGUGUCUAGUAAUGUUACUUGGAAAUUGAACUGUCUGGUUAUUCCUCAAAACAUCCACAUCUCCUAAACAGAGGAGAUGAAAGAUUUCCAGUCCUCAAUAAGAUUUCCAGUCCUCAAUCAGACCUGAUUAUGUAGCUCAGUUGGUAGAGUGUUGGUUGAACUCUGCUAGCAUUUCAAAUGUCUCGGGUUUGAAAACCCAGCCACGGCAGGCAGAAUUUUCUGCAUGUGUGGUUUGAACGCAUUUACUCGAGAACAUUUCAUCAUAUGUGCAUGAGGGCCAUCCAGUUAGUAAAAACACAAACGUUUUCAAAAAUUGUAGCCCCCUCCCCUCGCCCCUUGUUGCAUACUAGAGCUGUUCAGUAUACCCCAUUGAAAUUAAUAGAACCGGAACGCUACCUCGAACCGGAAAUAUCCCUAUGUCUGAGAAAGAUUACUGUAUGACAUAAUAAUUCCUUUAUUCCAAAUAUGGUACAAGCAACACUUACUGGCAAAAUGGUGCAUGACCAUAAAUGGAUAUUUAUUGUGUGAUUUUGCACAUACUUUUGUGUGCCCAGCAAGUAGUUUGCACUAUAUUUUGGAAUCUGUGAGGUGAAUAAGUGAGGACACAAGCUUCAAAAGUUACCUAUGCCAAGUUAGACAUCUGUACAGUCUACUUAUUUUGUAGAAGCAGAAUCAGUACUUAAUUAAUGCAACCCUCAACAUGGACCUGCUCAAAUCUUGGUUAUCCAAUCAAGUUAGGUGCCCAGGCCCAUCUUGGCAGUCCUGAUGACCACAGCUAGGUUUCCCUUUCAGCUUCUGUGCUCACAUAUCCUCUGACAUGACUAAGAAAGGAUUUUCUGGGGGGUGCAGUCUGGGUAAACUGGGUCUCCCCCCUCUAGCUAUUACAAGGCAGGUGCUUCAGUAAUUUCCUUAAAUCCAAGUUUCUCUGCCUCAUCAACUCCAACAAAGACCAAUGACUAUUUUGGGUUGCUUCUCUGAUUAUUAACGCAACCUUAUUUUCAAAAAGUCUCUCUGAAAGGGUUAAAAAUCUAUUAAUCUAUGAUCUUCCCAGCCUAUCACGAGGUUUUUACUUGGAUUGUUUUGAAAUUUCUUUGCAAAACACCACCCAGCUUUGAUUGAGAUGUGGAUAUUUUCUGGAAAUAGCCAAUUAAAUAAAUUGUUAUCAUGAUUCUUCUUGUGUAUAAUUAUGUAAAAUAUUUUAUCAUUUGAAGUGAGGACUAGCCUCUGUCAUCUUUAAUAACUGUUUUUAAUGAAAAAUGAUUUUAACCGCU